AUGGACGAAGUCGCUGGUGGACGCGGGCAGCGAGUCAAAUUUCCGUCCGACAGAGUCAGAGAGCAAGGAGCCGGAGGUAAAAUCGAGAAGAUCGAAGCCGAGAAGCAGGUUGUGAUCCCACCAUGGCUUCCACCGAACGACCCCAAAUUCUUUCUUGACGCCGCUGAAUUGCCGAAGCUCUAUGAUCACAGCAAAGUGAGCGCAAACGGCGACAAGACCGACUUCUACCAGUUGGGGACCCACAUAGAAAGCAAGGACAAACGCUGCUACAUUCGGACGAAGCGAGACCCGCAAACAUUCUACUUUCACACAUGCGAGACGCCUCCCUACAACGCACGCUUAAGCGACGAAAACCAUCCACAAUGCGCCGUUGAAGGGCUGAAGAACACCUUCACGAAAGACAUGCUGGGCAAGACUGGGGAAAUGGGCAGCUAUACAACUCGCGCAAAUACAUUUGCAAGAGAGGGUCAGUUCUUUUUCGAGGCGAAGAUAGUGUCGCAAGCCCCUCCUGGGCGAGAACGGCCAGAUACGCCGCUGGCUGAGACGCAACAGCAGGAUCGAUCAAGUAUCAAUCGAGGUGGCAUCCGAGUUGGCUUUUGCAGACGUGAACACCAUUGGAGUGAGAACAUGGGUGGCAACGCAUACAGCUAUGCAAUAGUGUGUCGAUGUGGCACCGGCCAGGAGUAUGGCAAUGUACGCUUCAACUCUACUAUGCACCACAUGUCUGGCGAAGGUGGCAGGGACCCUGGAGACCUUGUACCAGGCGAUGUGGUCGGCCUGAUGAUCACCCUACCGCCCCUCGAAGUACAGAAGAAGGUCGUUGAAGGCACAUUCAACCCUGCCGACUACCCAGAUUUGAAGUGCGGCCCGGCUGUUGUCAAGUCGAAGAAGGGAACCGCGGGCAGGAAGAUGUCGAAGGUGCCAGGAAAGCCGAAGGACAAGGACACUGAGACAAGCCGGACCCGAGAAGAUGGAACUAAACGGUUACAGUCCAGCAGCCUCCUCCGCGCAUCAUUGAAGCCGAUCUCGACAUUGUCGCUGCCACCAGAUAUUGAUGUUAUUCGCGAUCGAAAUCCAUUCAUCUUCAAAGGAAUGUCAUACUACGAAUGUCCCGAGUAUACACCCCAUCCAGACCUCAGUCGUACCACACUAAACGCCAAAAACAAGUCGAUAAAUCCGGAAACGGGCAAAAAAUACGACCUGCACACGGAGCCACACCCCAACCACGAAUUGCCACAUCUUCGCACGCUUCCAGGCAGCAAGAUAGAAUUGUGGGUCAACGGCCAGUAUCAUGGCGUGGUGUGGGAGCACCUGUUUGCCUUUCUGCCGCCAGCAUCCUCGAUUGAGAAGAGCUCUCGAUCGAUAGUCUACGGUGACGUGGAUGAUGGGCUUCUAGGCUACUAUCCCGCCAUCAGCCAUUAUACAGGUGGUGCCGUUGAAUGCAAGUUUGAUGGGCCUUGGUGGUAUGGGUACCAAGACGGACCGGCGAGGCCCCAAUGUCGGCCAAUUGGCGAACGGUACCAAGAACAGAUUGUGGAGGACUUUGUCAGUGACAUGGUUGACGAGGUCUAUCAAGAGCAGCUUGAGCGGGACCCACACUGGAUGAAGAAGAGGAUUCUCUCAGGUUCUUCGAACAGCGCUCUGGCUCAUGCUGCUUGA